CCGACCUCCCCCAUCCCCUUCCCAUCUGCCUCGCGGAAGUUCGGUCGUCGGCAUGCGUGGCAAGCGUGGUCCACGCAUCGGCGCUGGUUGUCCAUAUGGCGUUACGGAUGAUAGCGAGGAGCAGGACAUACGCGUCCUUCUUGAUCACAUCCAUGGGUUCUACGAGGCGGCGCUCCAUCUGCUGCCGGUAGAGACUCUCCCCUCGCUGGCCCCGCGUCUUCUUGAGGCCGGCAUGUGCUUAGGCUUCCUCGACCCAGUCUCCAACAUCAUCGCCAACACCAUUGCCUACUCCCCCCCUUCACCGAGGCCAAGACCCGACGACGACGACGACGACGACGACGCGAACUCGAUCCUCUCCAAGGUCAUCGCCGACCCUUGCAACAAUCUCAACCAUGACAUGUUUAUACCCCCAGAGGAGAUCGUUUGUAUGAACAUCGCGCGGAGGUCGUUGCGAGGUCUCAUCAGCUUCCUCACCUUCCACUUCCGCUUCUUGGCCUACACGGAAGCCAUUCGCUACCUGCGUCUGGCCGGUGCUGAUCUCCUCGCCGCCGUGCGGCUCAUCAAGCAAGAUCGUGACAGUGACAGCAUCCCCGUUUUCAACUUCACCUCCCCCUUUUCCAAGAUGGCGCUCUACUGUGCCGCAGUGUCCGCGGCGCACCCAAAGUCGUCUGUCCUGGUGAGAGCGUCGCUGUCGCUUGCUUCUCGGAUGGUAAAGGUCACCCACUUAUUGUCUAGAGACAACUGCCUCACCAAUGCAUCAAUCAAACGCCUCACCGGGUGGCUCAGCAAAGAUCCUAAGAUUGUAAGAAGGAAACUGAUGUGUCUUGCGCUGGAUCUUGCUUCUUCGCGUCAGCAGAUUACAGAUAGACAAGAGAGAAAGAGAAAGAGGGACGAGCCGAUGAUGCCCGGGGACACAGGACCUGUGCAGAAGAACUCGCACAGGAACCCGCCCAUGCAUUCCGCAUUCGGAUACACACAGUCUCUGAAACUCUUGCUUCUCGGCAAGAUCCAUGCUCUCUACCUAGAGGCACUCGCCCUGAUGCCUGGGGAUGCCUUGCGAAAGACUCAGCACAACAACCUCAUCAAGGGCGGCUACUGCUACGGCCCCAUGGAUCCCGUCUCCAACAUCAUCCUCAACACUGUCUGGUAUGGCGCCAUGUUUCCCACAACCAAAGAUUUCGAGCUAGCCUUUGAUGUGAGCAUGAUUUGCACCAGACACCUUGCUCGUGUCGAGUGCUGCUCACUCUACGGCCUUGUUGCCUUCCUCCGCAAACGUUUCGUCACUCUCACGGAAAAUCAUGCUAUGUGGUACCUUCUUAUGAACAAUGCCGACCUUCGGGAAGCAAUGGAGAAGGUUCAGGAAGCUGGUCAUGUUAUGUCUGGCUCUUACUUCGAUGGCCUUAAGGAAGCGGCGGUUCAGUCAUGUCACCCUGACUGUGAUGCACUCCUGGAAUUCAUAGGCUUGCAUUCCGCUGACAUGCCAUAUAAACAGGCUUCUACACUUACAUAUUGCAGGCUUGAGCACCUCGUGAGUACUAUGCUAUCCAAAUCUUCACCUGCCAAGUCAGCUGAGUGUGUUGAGCAAUCGACCAAUGCAGCCUUGAGCUCAGAGAUCUUAAAUGAAAACCAGAGAAUGUUUAUUGUGGCGGCUAAAGAAAAAUUUAAGGCUGACCAGGGAUUCUUUGUCAAGAAAGUCAAUGCUGCGCUGCAAGAAUUUUCUCAGGAAAAAGGGGUGGACUAUGAACUCCAUAUUAUUUGCGGUGUGAAUCCUGAGGUUACUAAACGAUCAAGUCUUAGUCUGUUCAAGAGGAACUUCAAAUAUGAAUAUUUCCAUAUCAACUUUUUGGCAACUGUCAAGGUAUCAAAUGAAGCUGGCACAACUCCAGAACUGUUCUUCGCUGAAUGCAGCAAUAGUGAUAAAGAUAUGGAGAAAAGAGCAUCCUUGUGCUUCCCUGUUAAAGAUUCCUCGGUGGAUGAUGCUCGCUGUUUUUGCUGUGAGAUGAACGGGAUAAAGAUAGUGCAUCCAAACCUUGAACUUUAUCAUGGGCUUCAUGAUUUCAAAAAGAUUGCUUCUGGGGAACAUGGCGUCGUGAAUGAACACAUCAUUAGUUCCUAUGACUUGCAUGCUGACGAGAUGUGUACAAUCAAAGAGGACUGGAUCUUCUUUGAUCCUAAUAUGGAUGAAGUGAUUGCUCUGAAGAAUCCUUGUAAAGAUUGGGCUAGAAAGAUCCGGGAAUGGGGCAGAAUCUGUUGAUGUUAUCAUUAUAUAAAGCUAUUAUGCUACUCCUGUUAAAUUCUGUAUUCUCUAGUAUGGUUUGUUGUUACUUGAGCUACUCUUCAAGAACUCUAGAUGGUUAACAGUAUGUUUAAUUCUGAUGGUUUGCUAUCAUUCGAGGUACUCUCAGUCACAUGACUUGAGUAGCUGAGUAUAUGUUUCCUACUCUCUUUUGUUGUCUGCAACAUUGUGUAAAUGUAAUUCGACCUCCAUCAGGCGUAUAUCUACGGGAUUAGAGAUGUAUUAUGUUUCUGAUACCUCUACCAAUGUAUAUACAGAUCUUAUUCGA